AUGCGCGAAACGACGACCUCGGAAAUCGUGCUCUGGCGCGUCUCGGAGGAGUUUGCGUCGCCGGUUAUGGUCGUUGAUCCGAAGGACUCGAACCAGUUGGAGAACCGGCUCAAACAGACGCGACGCAAGCGGGUGCUCGUGCUUCUGUUCGGCGUCGUUGUCGUCGUCGGAGCUGCGAUCGCAAUCGUGCUGUCGUCGUCGAGUCCUGUCGAAGCAAACCAGAAAGCAAGUUUUACGCCAUGGCCGUCGACAACUGCGACGAACGAAACCUCCGUGCUAGUGCCGAUCGGUACCGAUGUGCCGACGCCCGUACCGACCUCGACAAGGACGCCCGAGCCAACCACGCCAACGCUUGCCCCCGCCAACACAACACUCUUUCCGUCACCAACAGAAUCGGCAACGAUCACGUCAGAGCCGACACCAGUCGCCACGCCUUCGCCACCACCGGCACCAACACCGGCACCAACACCGGCACCAACGCCUGCACCGACCGAGGCGCCAGUCACGUCGUCCAACAAGGCAAGCUUGCGCAUCGUCAAUCGAUGUGAAAAGGACAUUGAGAUCGUCUACUCACUCUGCUUCGAGCACGUCGCGUGCGUCGAAACGUCCCUGUGGCUCUCGAGAAGCGUGACGUGGGACGUCUACGGCCACCAAUAUCAGUCGUCGACCUUUCGUGCCGGCUGGAGUCCAGAGGCAACGCUGUUUGAGUCGAGUCGCGGCGGUGGCAAGGUGUGGUAUGACAUUAGCGCCAUACCACCGGGGUGUGGCAAUGGCAUGAGCUGGGAAGCGUGCAGCAAGGGUGGUAGUGUCAAAGGCUAUAACGUUGCGAUCGGUGUCGCGCCGCAGCGUCUCGCCCCAGAGGACGGGUACAACUGCCCACCCCUGGUUUGUGCAACCGAGCGGUGCGCGGACGCCUACCUUUUCCCAAAGGACGAUUACCACACCAAGAGUUGUCACCAAGACGAAGCGCUCGUCGUCACUUUUUGUGCAUCGUCGUGA